AUCAUCACUUUGGUGUAGAAUUCUAUUUUCCUCCUCUACUUGACUUGUUUGAGGAUGAACGGAAGGAACAGGUUUCCCUUUACUCCUUCACAGUGGCAAGAGCUUGAACACCAAGCUCUUAUCUUCAAGUACAUGGCUUCAGGUAUUUCCAUUCCACCUGAUCUUCUCUUCACCAUAAAAAGGAGCUAUUUUGAUUCCACACUCUCUUCAAGGCUUUUGCCUAACCAGCCACAACACUUUGGAUGGAACUAUCUUCAGAUGGGUUUGGGAAGAAAAAUAGACCCUGAGCCAGGUAGGUGUAGAAGGACUGAUGGGAAGAAAUGGAGAUGCUCAAAAGAGGCAUACCCAGAUUCGAAGUAUUGUGAGAGGCACAUGCAUAGAGGCAAAAACCGUUCAAGAAAGCCUGUGGAAGUUUUGAAAACAACAACAAACAGUAACACUAAUGCUUCUUCAACACCAGCGAUCUCAUCAAUCACUAAAAAUACCCCAACAACCACUCAUUCUCUGUCUUCUGAGACACAUCAUCACCCCCCUCAACAUUCUUGCUAUGGCUCUUCCUUUUUCUAUCAUCACCCCACAUCAAGGUCCUCUGGGAUUGGCUUGUCUUUUGAAGACAAUAGUGCUCCUUUGUUUCUUGACACUGGCUCUUGCUCUCAGUCCAACACAGAUUGCAGGAGUAGGUAUGUUUAUGGAGAGAAAGAGGAGGUGGAUGAGCAUGCUUUCUUCACUGAGCCAUGUGGUAAUAUGAAAAGCUUCACUGCUUCUUCUAUGGAUGAUUCUUGGCAACUCAGACCUCUCACUAUGAGUUCCUCAUCUUCUUCUUCCAAACAAAGAAGUUGCUCUUCACUGUCCAAUGAUUACUCUUACUUGCAACUACACUCAAAACAAGAGCAAGAUCAAGGUUGCUACAUGUUUGGAAGUGGUGGUGAUGGUGAUGAGACACUCAUCAAACAUGGCAAAGAACCUCAGAAAACCAUUCAUCGCUUUUUUGAUGAAUGGCCCCACAAAGGAAGAGGAGGAUCAUGGCUUGAUUUGGAUGACAAAUCAUCCACAACCCAACUUUCAAUUUCCAUUCCCACCUCUUCUCAUGAUUUUCCUACCUUCAGCUCCAGUUCCAGAAGCCAUCAUGAUGGUUGAGAAAUUGGGUUCUUGUACCUGAAACAAAGGCCAAAAA